CACAGGACUAGAAUCGUGAACUUCCUUACUAUGCCAUAUGAUUUGCUAUUGGAAUGAACGUUAAUUCUUGUUUUCCCCUGCAUUGAACCUGCUGUCCUGACAAUGAGGCCGCCAUAUCGGCCAAAACGCGCCAUUUCUCCCUGUAUAUUCUGCGGCGCAAGGUUCUCUACAACAGCAGGUCGUCUUGCGCGGAAGCAAAGCAAACUACUACCAGACUCCCCGGCGCGCACUCGUUUCGCCCCGUCUCCUACGGGAUACCUCCACCUUGGCUCGCUUCGGACGGCCUUGUUUAACUACCUUCUCUCGAAGCGAACGGGCGGCAAGUUUCUUUUGCGGAUCGAGGAUACGGAUCAGAAAAGGAUUGUUCCUGGAAGCGAACAACGGCUGUACGAAGAUUUACAAUGGGCUGGACUUUUGUGGGAUGAGGGGCCCAUUGUCGGCGGCCUGUAUGGUCCAUACAAACAGUCCGAACGGACAUCCUUGGGAAUAUACGGGCAAGAGAUCAGCAAGCUUAUUUCUGCGAAACAUGCAUACAGAUGCUUUUGCUCCCAGGAGCGUCUCGAUACUCUCGCGAGGCAUCGAAAUGACCUAGGACUUCCACCUGGGUAUGACGGAGCAUGCAGGGAAAUAUCGCCAGAAGAGGCUGAGGAACGAGCGCAUAAUGGCGAGCUAAAUGUUGUCCGUUUGCGUGUGACCGGACCAUUUCCUAUUUUCACGGAUCUCGUGUUUGGGAAAAUUGGUCAGAAUCAGACUGCGGGCGCUGGCCGGCUUAGCAGUCAGCAGAGCGACCCUAUUUUACUCAAAUCGGACGGCUAUCCAACCUACCAUCUAGCCAAUGUGAUCGACGACCACUAUAUGAAAAUAUCGCAUGUUAUCCGAGGCACGGAAUGGAUGGCUUCGACCCCUUUACAUGUUGCGUUGUAUAAUGCUUUUGGAUGGGAGCCACCGGCAUUUGGGCACGUCCCACUCCUGACCGAGAAAAGUGGGCAAAAACUUAGCAAGCGUAAUGUCGACAUCGACAUCUCAUUCUUCAGAGAUAAAGAGGAAGUUUUCCCUGAAGCUCUGAACAAUUUCGCUGCGUUGCUAGGCUGGUCACAUUCUCGAAAGUCUGACAUUUUCAGUUUGAAGGAUCUGGAGCAAAUCUUCGAUCUCAAACUCACCAAAGGAAAUACCGUCGUUUCCUUCGAAAAGUUGUGGUUCCUUCAAAGUGCACAUGCGCAGCGAUAUGCGACCGAAGGAGGGCCCGAAGCCAAGUCCAUGGUCGAUCGAAUAGAAAAAGCUGUGAGAGCACAGUUCACAGACGAACAACUCUCUCCCCUGCUAAAAAACCAUACGCUGGACGAACGCAUUGCCUCCAUAAUCCGGGAAGGCGGAGCUCGCGGCUAUACAAACGCAGCCAAAUUCAUUGAAAAUAACAGGCCCUUUUUUACCUCAUUCCUCAACCGGCCCCCCUAUAACCCUACCACUCCAUCUCCACCCCAAGAAAAAUCCCAGCCCAAAAGCGAGACUGAAACUUCCUCCGCAAUUCCUCCAACUACCACCCCAAUCGCAGCCCUCCACACGGCGGCGGCAGCUCUCUGCCUUGUCCCUGUUGAGCACUGGACCACAGAAACCCACAAGCAAAACAUAUCUUACCUUGUCGGCGAUUCCUCAUACUCAUCUCAGCUUGCUUCCUUUUCCCCUUCCUCACCUUCUUUCCCCACACAAACACAAACACCCUCAACACCAGCGUUCGCCUCCGAAAAGCAAUUCCGUAAAGACCUCUAUCACUAUCUCCGCUGGGCAUUAUGUGGUGGAGCGCCGGGAAUAAGCAUCCCAGCAACUAUGGCAAUAUUAGGCCGGGAUGAAUGUGUCCGGAGACUGCUGGAGGCGAAGGAAUUGACUACGCCUUUGCAGCACGAGAGUGAAAAUUUGGCUGGUGGACAGGGUGGAAAGCUCCAGGGAGGUAUUUUGAGUUAGUUGCAGAGCCAAAUGGGUGGUAGUAAUGCUUAAUGGCGAGGUUGGUGGUUUGCUAUAUUACUACCAAUGUACAGUACUUAUAUUGCAUAUUAUAUUUAUUGUCAUUUUUGGUAUGACGGUAUUCUGAAUUCUGAGUUAUCCGCUACCACUGGCACGUUCUUUGCGAUCUAUAAGUGUAGGGUAUACGGAGAGUAUUCUCCCGCAAAAAUACUCUUCUACCAGAACUUAUACCGUACUUCAUUUCCAUUGCGCAGUGAAUAAGAAAACAUAUAGUAACGAAUUGAAUUUUUGUCAUCAAAGCCAAUAAUAACAGAUGAAACGAAACUUCAACAAAACACGAAUAUUAAAAAUCAAAAUAGUCGACAAAAUAAAGACUACUAAUAUCGUCGAUAAAAACCCUAUAAAGUACGAAAAUAGAAAGGUAGAAAGAUACUCGUAGGUUGCAUAGGCCAUCUCGUCAAACAAAACACUGGGCCGGGUAGUGAAAAAAAAAAAGGAUAAAAGGAAAAAAAAGGAUAGCGGAAGGCAGAAGAAAGGUCCCAAAGGCUGAAAAACAACACUAAACGCAUGAAAACCAGAAAUGCAAUAGAGUUAGCGAACUCGCGAAGGGAUAAUUUACCAGAAACAGAAUUGACAAAAUACAACCACAACUCCAAAAAAAAAAAAAAAA